UAUGUGUAAAGGCACAGUAACGCAGUCAAAGUCAAUAAGAGUCGAGAGUCGGGUUUUAUCUUCAAAGCUUCAAAAUAGGGUUUCGGUUAGUUCUAGCUUUUGGGUAUUGCUUUAACUCCCUCAAAAUCAGAACUUUUGAGCUGUGAUAAGCUGCAUAUUAUCUACUCCUUGAUGAGGUAGUGUUGGUGAUAGUGGUGAUUUAUUGGCAAUAGAACAAUCAAGGUUCGUGCAGAAGAUAGCAGAAGUGCCUCAGCAGUGAUGCCGAGCUUCAAUCCCCAAAUGCCUGUUUCAAAUACCAUCAGCACUGAGGGGGGCACACCACAUUCUUCUCGAAUUUCCGACUUUGCGGCGCUUGAGCAAUCUCAUGGAUUUCGCAUAGUAGAUGCUGCUAACAUUAGUAGAAACCCUGUAUCCCAGCCAACAAUUUCAAGUAGUCCAGUUGGAGGCUCUGAUUUCCAAUUUGGCACAUUUAAUCAGUCACUUGCUUCCUUCAAUGCAAGUUUAGCUGCUGCUGUUGCGGGUUCUCAUACAGUACAGUUGCAAAAUGGACAACAGCCAAACUUAGUUUCUGUAUCUGACAAUCAUCGUGACAACGGUAGGGAGUCAAAUAUGGAAGAUGCCAGUCCUCAAAGUAAUACCUCAGCAGAUGUGGAUACAGAUGAAAGAAAUCUAAGGGUGAUGCAUCUUAAACAUCUGUGUCUAAAUGAUAUAAGUUUCAGAGCUUACUUGUGGAUUGAAAUGGCUCAAUUGAAUGCUAAUGCUGCCUCUGAUUCAAGCGACAGAUCAAAGGAGAAACCAUUGGAUCAAAAGACAUUAAGAAGGCUUGCUCAGAAUCGUGAAGCUGCCAGAAAAAGCCGAUUGAGAAAAAAAGCCUAUGUACAACAGCUGGAGAGUAGUCGGCUGAAGCUGAGCCAACUUGACCAGGAGCUCCAGCGAGCCCGCCAGCAGGGAAUAUUUAUUUCAAACUCAGGAGAUCAGUCCCAUGCAACGAGUGGAAAUGGUGCCUUGGCAUUUGAUGUAGAAUAUGGACGAUGGUUGGAAGAGCACAAUCGGCACAUAAAUGAGCUUAGAGCCGCAGUCAAUGCACAUGCAAUCGACACAGAACUUCGUUCUAUUGUGGGCAAUGCCAUCACACAUUUUGAUGACAUUUUCAGGUUAAAGGCCAAUGCAGCCAAGGCUGAUGUCUUCCACAUCUUGUCAGGGAUGUGGAAAACUCAUGCAGAGCGGUGUUUUAUGUGGAUUGGUGACUUCCGCUCAUCUGAACUUCUCAAGCUCCUCGUGAAUCAAUUAGAACCUUUAACCGAACAACAGUUAGCGGGCAUCGACAAACUACAACAAUCAUCGCAACAAGCAGAGGAUGCUCUCUCUCAGGGGAUGGAAGCAUUGCAGCAGUCUCUGGCUGAAACAUUGGCCAACGGCUCUACAGACCCAUCAGGAUCGUCAGGAAAUGUGGCAAAUUAUAUGGGCCAAAUGGCAAUGGCCAUGGGGAAGUUAGGAACUCUUGACGGUUUUGUAUGCCAGGCCGAUAAUUUACGACAACGAACGCUACAACAAAUGCACCGCAUAUUGACGACCAGACAAUCAGCCCGUGCCCUUAUUGCAAUACACGACUAUUUCUACCGACUUCGAGCCCUUAGUUCUCUCUGGCUUGCCCGACCACAAGAGUGAGAUAAUCUACAGAUUCCCUCCUUAUAAUACCAUCUACAAGAUUAGCUCUAACAGCAAGCGAUACUAAUAAUCCAUGUCUGGUGAUGCAUGAAGGUUACAAUUAUUGUAUUACAGCCCAGUCUGCACAUGUAAAUUACUUGUUUCAAGUAGGUGUUGUAUGCUAAUUUCUUGUGAAUGUGCCAAUAAUAGCAUUAUGUUGAUAUGUACCAAAACUAGGAAGGAAAUAUCUUCGUAGUGGUUACAUGUGAAAUAACAAAAACCAAAUUAAAACCAAAACCAAAUUAAUUUCUUGAAUGAAAUUUGUUUUGGGUGUAAUGUUUAGACAUUUGUUGCGUCACGUUCAAUUUUCUCACAAUGUUGUGCAUCUGUUAAUAAUGAACAUGUAUUGAUGAAAAUCAUCUAGUUUA